AUGUAUCAGCGACUGAUAAAUAAUGGUGACUUAGAUAUGGAUACGGGCCAGCUUUUAAGACCAGCAAACUCAAGAACACCAAUUUUUUACAUGCUUCCCAAAAUCCACAAACCCAAUAAUUCGGGACGACCUGUUAUCUCUUCCGUUAACAGCCAUACUGAGAAACUAUCUGCAUAUGUGGAUGAGUUUCUAAGACCCUUAGCACAAGCACUACCUUCUCAAAUCAGAGAUACUACAGAUUUCAUCAUACGACUGAAAAACUUGGGUAGAGUUCCUGAGAACAGUAUUCUCGCGACAUUAGACGUUUCCAGUUUAUACACUAAUAUAGACACAGACGAUGGACUUGCUAUAGUUGAGGAGGAACUGGCAAAAACUGGCCAGAUCCAACCUUCCGCAAAAACCCUUACUUGCCUCCUCGAAAAAGUCCUCAAAUUGAACAAUUUCACAUUUGACAACUACAAUUUCAUCCAGGUUAAGGGUACAGCAAUGGGCACUAGGGCUGAACCUAAUUUUGCGAACGUGUAUAUGGGCCGGUUUGAAGAUACAUUUGUAUUCCGAACGGAAUGGUCCCACUAGAUAAUUGACUGGGUAAGGUUCAUCGACGACAUUUUUUUCAUCUGGAAAGGAGACGAAAGUUCUCUCACUACCUUUAUAAAGUACCUCAACAGUGUUGUACCAUCCAUU